CGCCCCAAACACACACACACACACACACUAUGUAACUAACAGCCUGGCGUGGCAGCUCACCGAUGCCACGGUUUCCAAACUGAUAGACGUUUAAUUGCUGCUCCUGAAGACGGAGCCGCCAACGUGUUCGUGUUUGAACGAGACUUUGAGGCUUUUUCUUGCACCAUGUUCGGGUCCGGCUAGCGAAACAGGCCGCCGCUGGAGAUAUUUACGACUCACGGGAGAAGCUGCCCGGUCCGCCCGGGAGAAAGGAGCCGCCGCAGAAAUAACAGUGGCCGCUUUGUUGGUCUUGUUGUGACCGCGGUGCUACGGUGUUAUAACAAAGGGAAGGAGGACGAGGAGCGGACACCGUCGUUUCCUUCUCUCCGUUGACCAUGCGAGGUGCUCGGAUCUCCGCGGAAGAAUGUGUCGCUCUCUCCUGGCGUUAGCUCAGCCUCGGCUCAAUGGCCAACAGUAACAACAUGCUUAUGGCCUCCGCCGUGGUGGUGUGGGAAUGGCUGAACGAGCACGGCCGGUGGCGGCCCUACAGCCCCACCGUCUCCCACCAGAUAGAGGCGGCUAUACGGAGCAGCGACCCCCGCGGAGGGAGUGUCGUCCUCGGCCAGGUGGACAGCCGACUCUCGCCCUAUAUCAUAGACCUCCAGUCCAUGCACCAGUUCAGACAGGACACAGGAACCAUCCGUCCGGUGCGAAGGAGUUUCUACGACCCCGCCUCGGCCCCAGGUCAGGGCUGUCAGUGGGAGUGGGAAAACGAUGCAGGGACAUGGACACCCUAUGACAUGGAGGUGGCCAUUGCCAUUGAGAGUUCCCACAACCGCCAACAGCCCUGCCUGGACCUGACACCGCUUGGCUUCUGCUACCUCAUUGACUUUCAGAACAUGACACAGGUGAACAGACAGAGCCAGAGGUGUCGGAGGAUCCAGAGGCGCGCUGACAUGACCUACCCUCUGGUGUCUGGUCCUCUCCCUGUACCCAAAGGUGGAGGUGUUGGAGUGGGUGGAGGGCUAACGGGAGCGUUGCUUGGUGUUGGAGUGUCAGGGGCCAGCAUGGGGACUGGAAGCUCUGUCUAUCCUAAUGGAGGCUUACCAGCUACUGGACUGGGCCAGCCUUGUUCCUGCCAGCAGUGCUUGUUGGUCCUAAGUGUGAAGAACAACACAGGAGGAGCAGGGAUACAGACUCUAGCUCGACGCCCCCUUACCGUGCAGCAGCCCAAGAACUCGGCACCCAUGGCCUCCAGACCACUGAGUCCAUCCAAAUCAGCCACUCUGGGGCGAGGACAGCUGCAGAACUCCCUCUCCAACUCCAGCUACUAUCAGACGUUGCCACAUGGCCUCGCUAUCUCCAGAAACACUGCCUCUCCCAGAAGGAAUGCCCAGCUCUUUGCUCAGUCCCUGGCCGCUCUCACCGCUGGCACCUCCUCUCUGGCUCUCACCUCGUCUUCCAACAGGCCGCCUCCGCCCUCCCUCCCGCCGCCACAGCCGCCAUCAUCCAACCCCAGCGCGAACCCUCCGUCUCUGCCGGCCAAGCUCUCCUCAUCCUCAGCCAGCGAUUCAGUGCCAACUGCCACACUAAUAACCCCAGCCUGCAACGUGACCAUGCCCCCUUCACCUGUGCCAUCUCCAUCACCAAUGGUCAUGAAGCCACAGCGGGUACCGUCGUCGACAGCGUGCCAUGCCCCAUUACCACAGAGGUCAAGCUUAGCCGGGCUGAGCAGACCAGCUUUACAGAGGAUUGCUAUGGCCCAGUCCAGAGCACUCAUAGCAUCAGGUGUGCCCACCGUCCCAGUGAAGAACCUCAACGGAUCCAGUCCUGUUCACCCUGCACUGGCUGGGAUCACAGGGAUCCUGAUGAGUGCUGCUGCUCUGCCCGUGUGUCUGACCAGGCCUCCUAAACUGGUGCUGCACCCUCCACCUGUCAGCAAGAGUGACAUCAGACCAGUGCCGGGCUUUGGCCACUGCUGCAGGAAGACGACAAAGAAGCAAGCUCGCAAAGGUAGAACUCCAGAGGAGGUGGUAAAAAAGUACCUGCAGAAAGUCAAAAAUCCACCAGAAGAGGACUGCACCAUCUGUAUGGAGCCACUGGGGGGUCCGUCUGGAUACAAGGGUCCAGGGGUGGGGCCUGUUUCCAAGGCAGAGUCAGUAGGGAGACUAGCACAGUGUGGCCAUCAAUACCACUUCCAGUGUUUAGUGGCCAUGUAUAACAACGGCAACAAGGAUGGCAGUCUUCAGUGUCCCACGUGUAAAACCAUCUAUGGCGUGAAGACAGGCAACCAGCCUGCAGGGAAGAUGGAGUACCAUGUCAUCCCUCACUCUCUGCCGGGACACCCCGACAGCAAAACUGUACGCAUCAUCUACAACAUACCGCCAGGAAUUCAGGGACCAGAACAUCCCAACCCCGGGAAACCCUUUACUGCCAGAGGCUUUCCCCGACACUGCUACCUCCCAGACAGUGAAAAAGGACGCAAGGUACUGAGACUGCUCCUGGUGGCGUGGGACCGCAGGUUGAUCUUCUCAGUUGGAACGUCGAGCACUACAGGAGAGUCUGACACUGUCAUCUGGAACGAGGUCCACCACAAGACAGAGUUUGGCUCCAAUCUGACGGGCCAUGGCUUCCCUGACCCCGGACACCUGGACAACGUCCUGGAAGAGCUCCGAGCUCAGGGCAUCACAGAAGACGACGCGCUCGUGGAGAAAUGAGAGGACAGAUCGAGUGUGAGCGAGGACAGGAGUGUGACAAUUACCAGAGGACAACAGAGGAGGUCCACCAGCACUUAGAAAAGGAGGUGCCAUUCUGUCCAGACUUUCCAAGCAACACAAGCUGGAGUUUGAUGAAGCAGCACCACAGAGAGGAAAGCAGUGCAGGGGAGGUUCACUCACUCAGCGAGGUACUAACUGUUUGAAAGUAAGAAUGAAACCGCUACUAACGACGUUUAGGACAAGAAACAAGAAACAAGUUGACUUUACUGAGACAAGGAAUAAGAGAGACGGAGAGUGGGGUGCUUCAGAAGGGUUCAAUAACGAGAGGGAGUGAAAGGACAAAGGAAAGAAGACGUGGGGGGAGGGGGGGGACACUGGAGGAAGGACAGCAUGAUUAAAGAAGCAGAAAGAGAGACUGUGGAGUAUGAAUGUAGAAUAGGACAGGAGUAGAGAUUUAACUUGUGACACACUGUUUCUGGUACUUGAUGAUGGAAGGACAGACAGACAGACAGACAGACAGUGUGAGUGCUCUUUGUUCAAACCACCUGCCUGCUCGUGCUCAAAGUCCUGUGCCGUUGCUCCCUCUUGUGGUGUACCUCAUGAACUGCACCUCGCAUUUUCCAAGCUACAGGAACAAAACAAGAACGGUACCAUGGAGUUAUUUAUAUCCACCUGAAUCCAUACUAUAAUCCUCAUUUAACGUCAUUCCAUAACUUUACCUCUCACGUAUGACUUCAUGGUUUUAUAUGACGUUAUUUUAUUUUGUUUAACUUGACAAAAGACCAAACUAAGGCAUCUGAGCUUAUUUGAAGUCUUACUUUUGGGUCAGUGUGGUACGAGUUAACCUUUCAUACACAGGUACCAGUAUUUACAUGUAAAUGUGUAUUUUAUUUUGUCCCUUUGUGACGGUUCAUUGGCUGUAGAUGCUGUUGUGACGUAGCGAUAGUUCAACACCAGUGAGAGGAAGCCGAGUCCAUGCUUCAGUGUCUGGUUCUAGUGGAAGACGUUUCAGCAUCCACACCGUGUGAGUGUGUGUGUGUGUGUGUUUAAAAGCACAUGCAGUCUAUAUGCAGUCCUCAUGUGUGUGUGAGUGAGUGCCAAAAACAAAGUCCUUUGAAAAAUGUUGAGUUUCGUUGAAACUGAGACCUUUUGAACCGAAAUCCCUGUUUGGGAUUUUCCAUCGUCGUCAUCAAUGUGCUGGUACCGACUCAUGUGGACACACACGUACACACAAAGGCAGUAUUCAAACAAUAAUGUGGUCGCGUGGACCUGGUCAGUGUUAGGACCUGGUCCACACGAAGAGUGCCACCAAGGACAGGAUCACAGCAUCAUUUCAAAAUAAUGGAACAUUUCCAGAUACUGAGAUUGAUUUGACUCCAGAACGCCGUCAUCACAUAGAUAAUUCAUGUUUUUAUAAUCAAUCCUUCUUUUCAUUCAUUUUCUUGAUCAAUCGUUUUAAAGAGAGUUGCACAAUAAACACAAUUGAAACACAAUGUGGGCGGAGCAUCUCAGAAGGGAAACCUGAGAUUACCACAUAACUGAGAUUAGAGAUUAAGAGAUCAUCUGAGUUAGCUACCGUCCCAAAACUUCCUUAUUUACCAGGUGAUCCUGCCUACUGGAGCUUUAAUCACUGACCAGUGAGCUCAUGUCCACACACGUGUGUGUGUGUGUGUGUGUGUGUGUGUGUGUGUGUCCUCCCACUUUAGUUUUUGAUGCCUCGACUUCUUAAUUAUUGCUUUUAAUCUGAAACAUAGUUACUUGUUAGCAUUAUAUUAUAGAUUAAUUUGCCUUUUUUCAUAUAUGUUGUAGUCAUAAUACUCUUUUUUUAUUUGUUACGAUUGUUUUUACUGUUUAACUGUGUACAGCCUUGAAGCUGAUUUAAACUUGUCUUUUCUUUGGAAAAGGAAUUUGAUGGUAGACUUUUAUCUGAGUGUAAAACGUGUCAAACCCAAGUACUCUUGCUCGUCUGUGAGGUAACGGACACUUAAAGCUGCUGUCAGUGACUUCCUGUCCACGUUGAGGGGGCGGGGCAUUUAUUUACAGACAAAUAGCCUGAUGGGGCGUUCCAUUUGGAGUCAAAGCAACCUCAUCAACCCAGAUAUGGGAUUAGAAGACCACUCACUGGUUUCACACUCUUUCUAUAUUUACUUUUGUUUUUAACUGUAGACACAUGUUGCUGUGCAGUCACUAAUGACCUGUGCUAACAGCGGCUCGCCCCAGUUACAUUUGUUUUGUGCGACUUCUCAGCUGGAACAUGGUAAAUUCGGGGGCGACGUCACUCCCAGUUCUGCCCCUUUAUGACUUCUGGCUUGUGAUUGGUUACAGUGUUCUCUCACAUGUGUCCUUGAGUUGUUGACUGUUCUCAGACAAACAGGACCUUCAUCAACUCUCCAGACUGUCUGUCAGAAGCUUCUCCGUGUAACACGAGUGUGGUCACAUGAUUGUGUCAGAAGUAUUUCUUUUCUCCACGGAUGUUAAAUCUUAGAGAUUAUGUCACUGACAGCAGGUUUAAUUUGUUUUCUUCUUUUCUUUGUUUACAUAUCGUCUGUGCAGCUCCUGGUCUGCACUGAGCUUCAGCUCCUGGUUUCAUGUCCUCAUCUCUUUCAUCAGCACAGCGAUUCAUGUGCAGGUGACGUGGUGAAACUGGUUUAUUUUUUUAAAGCUAUGAAAUGUUCUGAAGAUGUUUUUUGUCCCUGUGUUGGAGCCGUUUACUUUAAAAUGACACAGUUACUUACAUUGACUUUAACGUGUCUGUCUGUUAUUAAAGGAAAGGCUUUGGUUAAUAAACGUUCAUCUACUGAGAGUUUGUUAGCACCUCGCCUAAAUCGCUGAGUCUCAUUCCAUCAUGGUAUUAUGAUUACUACGAUUAUUGGGGAUUAAAGGGGUAGUUCAGUUUUAUUCAAGUGUGGUGGUAUGAGACACUGACACUGGUGCUGUCAGUUUUAAUAAUGCUUAAGAAAAUCUGUGGUUUUAGCUUCUGGUCUACUGCUGCCUCGUCACUUAGGUAAAUGUGGAUAAAGGAUUUCAAAUGCCAAGUCACAAAAUAGCCCAUUUGAACGUAAUAUUGGAUGCAGCAGUGGAGCAAAUCCUGUGCACUGUGACAUAAAAGCGCUGAUGUUAUCCGUGGUUGCAGAACAAGCGUCAGCUUCCAGUAAGAAGAGGAUCUGAAGUAUCGCGAUAACUCUGCAAAUACCUGAACUCUCCCUUUAAAGGCUUUGGUGCGGGCCGUCUGCAGCCGUCUCACACCUGUAUCUCACACCUGUAUCUCACCAUGUCAGUCACUCUCUUCAUUGUUGAUUUUCUUUCCGAUGGUUCAUGAAGGCAGCACCUUCUCUGCGUGUGUGUGAGUGUAAACGUGAGCCUUCAGGUUGGUUGUCGUCUGCGAGGCGGAGACAGAAUUCAGUCCUGUGAUAACAAAUACAAAGUGUAAAUAAUGCAAACAUAAAUGCUGGAGUAUGGAUGAUUAAUACAGCAAAAAAGAAAAAAAUAAAGAAUGAAUGAAACAAACAAAA